UACUUUCCAACUUUUUGCUGCAUUUCCCCAGGACGAGAUUAGGGGGAUCGGACGCCAUUAUCCCCUGUUUAACGCUUUAAGUACAACGAUUUAAAGAUCUAAUUGUAGGGACGCGGUUCAUCCACGUACACCUUUAUGGACAUUAACAUAUCAUGAACCUUAUAAAUUGUAUUAUAAAAUAAGUGCUGUACAUAAACUUGUAUUAAAUUGGCAAACUGUGUAGGAAUCAUAUAAUGUACAGUUAUGGAGUACAUGUGUACGCUCAGUUAUGGAGUACAUGUGUAUGCUCAGUUAUGGAGUACAUGUGUGUGCUCAAUUAUGGAGUACAUAUGUAUGCUCAGUUAUGGAGUACAUGUGUGUGCUCAGUUAUGAAGUACAUAUGUAUGCUCAGUUAUGGAGUACAUAUGUAUGCUCAAUUAUGGAGUACAUAUGUAUGCUCAGUUAUGGAGUACAUAUGUAUGCUCAGUUAUAAAGUACAUAUGUAUGCUCAGUUAUAAAGUACAUAUGUAUGAACAGUUGUGAAGUCCAUACGUAUGCACAGUUAUGAAGUACAUACGUAUGAACAAUUGUGAAGUCCAUACGUAUGCACAGUUAUGAAGUCCAUGUAUAUGUACAGUUAUGAAGUCCAUACGUAUGCACAGUUAUGAAGUCCAUGUCUAUGUACAGUUAUGAAGUCCAUACGUAUGCACAGUUAUGAAGUCUAUGUCUAUGUACAGUUAUGAAGUCCAUACGUAUGCACAGUUAUGAAGUCCAUGUAUAUGUACAGUUAUGAAGUCCAUACGUAUGCACAGUUAUGAAGUCCAUGUAUAUGUACAGUUAUGAAGUCCAUACGUAUGCACAAUUAUGAAGUCCAUGCCUAUGUACAGUUAUGAAGUCCAUACGUAUGCACAGUUAUGAAGUCCAUGUAUAUGUACAGUUAUGAAGUCCAUACGUAUGUACAGUUAUGAAGUCCAUGUCUAUGUACAGUUAUGAAGUCCAUACGUAUGCACAGUUAUGAAGUGCCUGCCCAUGUACAGUUAUAGAGUCUAUUUGCCUGUACAGUUAUAGAGUCCAUAUGAACGUACAGUUAUGAAGUCCAUACGUGUGCACAGUUAUGAAGUAUAUACAGUUUGUCAUAAUGCAAAUAUUAUUGUAGACUAUCAUAUAGCUAGUAAAACUAUCUUAAAUACAGCCUUAUCGUUAUACAAUCAUUAUAGAAGAAUGUUAUUAAAGAAUAAUAGAAGAUAAAGGUGGCGGCAGCAGUAACGAAUCCUGUCCUAAGCACCGGUUUCUAAUAAUUAGCCACGCACCUACUGCAUGUACGAUUUACGUGUCCGCAAUAGAUAUAAAACAGCAGCUUCGAGCAAAUAGGAGGUAGAGUUGCUGGAGUUGCCGAGUUAUAAUCGGAAAUCAUAUUUUCCCUGCUAAGCUGGAUCUGGCCACCUAUGUAGCGACCGUCCUUGUGUAUGUCGGCCGCGCAUCAAACCGAUAGCCUAUACAACUACAAAGAGCACUAUCAGCAGCAGCACCGUCAGGAGAUGCAGCAAUACAGCUACCCAUUACCGAGCAACAGUUCGAGCCAACUAACACUGCCACUAACGCGCAGCCUCUACCAUUCCUCGAUAGUUAGUCCCCUGCAGACCUCCUUCGUUCACACUAACAAUCGUCCGUCCUCGUUGACCCACCACGAGACGUCGGUGAACCACCUGUCGGACCACCCGGACGAGGAGCAGCAGCAGAAUUACGCGAACCACGACGCGAGGCAAUCGCGACGGCACGCGAAUCGCGCCAACGAUCGCGGCCAGAAGUACCGGAAGCACAAGCGGGUCGAGCGGAAACAGAAGCAGAGACGGAGCGAGCCUAGAAGGACGGACACGUUCACGUCGCCAUCUUGCGAGACCAGCUUCCAUCAGGUGCAGGAGCUCGGCAUACCGGAGACCUACAAGAUAUCGUACCCGCAUUACUACGAGGACGACAUCGCGGAGUGUCCCACCGACUAUCACAGAUCGAAUCCGAGUUCGCGGAGUCAACAGAUCUGGGAGCGACAGCCGAAUCGUUGCCCGCCCGAGAGCACACACUAUGCGGACCCGGGCGACGCGAAGAACCGCAACAAGUCCAAGAGGAUGUCCUCGAAUCUCGGCGAUGGACGGUCGCCGUCCGCGCCGACGAUAAUGCAGUACGCGGAGCUACACUUCAGGGACGUCGGUCAGGAGAUCGAUGUCUAAAAGGAGGGUCAGCAGACAAAGAGCGAUACGUACAUUUACUAGGACAAUUUUGGCGUCCGACAUGCCUUGUAGGUACAUUGUAUUCUAUGAAUUACGUCGUAUUGCUUGAAUUUAUUAUCGGUAUCGAUGCAAUACUUGUACCACACUGAGAAUAAAGUCAGCUUUCGAUAUUGUAGACCCUUGAUCCUUUGCACACGAGUAUACAUAAAUUUGUUAUAGGUUGAUUUCAAGAUAUUAAACAAAUACUUUGUGAAUAUUUUAUGAAUCAUUGACUAUUAUUCAAUACUGUUUUUCAUAAAUAAUU